GAGGCAUUUCUUGGAAUGGAAACCUACAAGGAACACUUGAUAUUGUUCAGAGUGAAACAGAGAAUGGCAGAUCGUCAGGAGAGUCAAAUGACUAUUGAAGAAAGAAAACACCAAAUUACUGCCCGAGAAGAAGCCUGGAAGACAAAGGGUAAAGGAGCAGCCAAUGACUCCACGCAGUUCACUGUGGCUGGCCGAAUGGUAAAAAAAGGUUUGGCUUCACCAAGUGCCCUAACUCCAGUGACAUCCCCUUUCUCUAGCAGGCUCAAGUCCACCACCCCAAUAUCAAAGCCUAUGGAAGAAAUUGAAGCCAGGCCUGAUAUGCAAUUAGAAUCAGACAUGAAGCUGGACAAGCUGGAAUCCUUCUUGGGAAGGCUGAACAACAAAGUUGGUGGGAUGCAAGAAACAGUACUAACGGUCACAGGAAAAUCUGUGAAAGAGGUGAUGAAGCUGGAUGAUGAUGAAACCUUUUCCAAAUUUUACCGUCACACGGAUUUCCCCACUUCCUCAGUGCCUUUGGAGCUGGAUGAGGACUUUGAUGCCAUCUUUGAUCCUUAUGCACCGAAGCUAAUUUCUUCUGUAGCAGAGCACAAACGUGCAGUGAGGCCUGUGCGCAGAGUUCAGGCCUCAAGAAAUCCCCUCCGAAUGCUGGCAGCAAGGGAGGACAUUCUUCACGAGUACACUGAACAGAGGCUAAAUGUUGCCUUCAUGGAGUCCAAGCGAAUGAAAGUAGAGAAAAUGUCCACCAACUCAAACUUCUCAGAAGUAGCACUUGCUGGCUUAGCGAGCAAGGAGAACUUCAGCAGUGUCAAUCUACGGAGCGUCAACCUAACUGAACAGAACUCCAACAACAGUGCUGUGCCGUACAAGAAACUGAUGCUCUUGCAGGUUAAAGGAAGAAGACAUGUUCAGACAAGAUUAGUUGAGCCAAGGGCUUCAUCACUGAACAGUGGAGACUGCUUCCUCUUGUUAAGUCCACAUUACUGUUUCCUGUGGGUAGGAGAGUUUGCAAAUGUCAUAGAAAAAGCAAAGGCUUCAGAACUUGCAACUUUAAUUCAGACAAAGAGGGAACUUGGCUGUAGAGCUUCUUAUGUACAGACUAUUGAAGAAGGAAUAAAUACCCAUACCCAUGCAGCCAAAGAUUUUUGGAAACUUCUCAGUGGUCAGACAAGUUAUCAGUCUGCUGGAAACCCUGAAGAAGAUGAAAUGUACGAAGCCGCAAUAAUUGAAACAAAUUGUGUUUACCGUUUAGUAGAUGAUAAACUUAUUCCUGAGGAUGACUACUGGGGCAAAAUGCCAAAAUGUACCCUGCUACAACCAAAAGAGGUCCUGGUUUUUGAUUUUGGUAGUGAAGUAUACGUGUGGCAUGGGAAAGAAGUCACUUUAGCACAAAGGAAAGUGGCAUUUCAGUUGGCCAAACACUUGUGGAAUGGAACCUUUGACUACUCCAACUGUGAUAUAAAUCCUCUAGACCCCGGAGAAUGCAACCCCCUUAUACCCAGAAAAGGACAAGGACGGCCUGACUGGGCUGUCUUUGGCAGACUCACAGAACAUAAUGAAACCAUCUUGUUCAAAGAAAAGUUUCUUGACUGGACUGAACUGAAGAAACCCAAUGAGAGGAACUCUAGUGAAUCUCUUCAGCAGAAGGAAGAGUCUAGAUCUGAUUCUAAACCCUGCGAUGUCACGCUAAUGGUGUCUGUGCCCCAAAAUACUGUCGGCACAGUGUUGGAUGGAAUGAACAUUGGCCGUGGAUAUGGAUUUGUUGAAGGAGAAGAUGGGAGGCAGUUUGAAAUUAUCACUGCCUCUGUGGAUGUCUGGCACAUCCUAGAAUUUGAUUAUAGUAGGCUACCAAAGCAAAGCAUUGGGCAGUUCCAUGAGGGAGAUACAUACGUUGUUAAAUGGAAGUACAUGGUGAGCACCGCAGUUGGAACCAGGCAAAAAGGAGAGCAGCAAGUGAGGGCUAUUGGGAAAGAAAAAUGUGUGUACUUUUUCUGGCAAGGGAGGCACUCCACAGUGAGCGAGAAAGGGACAUCAGCACUGAUGACAGUGGAGCUCGAUGAAGAGAGAGGAGCUCAGGUACAAGUUCUUCAAGGGAAAGAACCCCCGUGUUUUCUGCAGUGCUUCCAGGGCGGGAUGAUUGUGCAUGCUGGAAGAAGGGAAGAGGAAGAAGAAAACGCACAAAGUGACUGGAGGCUGUACUGUGUACGAGGAGAGGUUCCCAAUGAAGGAAACCUGCUUGAAGUAGCGUGUCACUGUAGUAGCCUGAGGUCCAGGACUUCCAUGAUUGUGCUCAAUAUAAAUAAAGCCCUUAUCUAUCUAUGGCAUGGCUGCAAAGCACAGUCUCACACAAAGGAUGUAGGAAGAACAGCAGCUAAUAAAAUAAAAGAACAAUGUCCCCUGGAAGCAGGAUUGCACAGCAGUAGCAAAGUGACCAUACAUGAAUGUGAUGAGGGCUCGGAGCCAUUGGGAUUCUGGGAUGCGUUAGGAAGAAGAGAUCGAAAAGCUUAUGAUUGCAUGCUGCAAGAUCCUGGGAAAUUUAACUUCACCCCCCGUCUAUUCAGCCUUAGUAGCUCAUCAGGAGAAUUCUCAGCCACAGAAUACAUAUAUCCUGCCAGAGAUCCCACUGUUGUCAAUUCUAUGCCAUUCCUGCAGGAAGACCUCUAUACUGCCCCACAGCCAGCACUUUUCCUUGUUGACAAUCAUCACGAAGUGUAUCUCUGGCAAGGUUGGUGGCCUGUUGAAAACAAAAUUGCUGGAUCAGCUCGAAUCCGAUGGGCUUCAGACCGGAAAUGUGCCAUGGAAACAGUACUUCAAUACUGCAAAGGGAAAAAUGUUAAGAAGCCUCCCAAAUCCUACCUAAUUCAUGCUGGUCUGGAACCCUUGACAUUCACCAAUAUGUUCCCAAGUUGGGAACACAGAGAAGACAUUGCAGAGAUCACGGAAAUGGAUGCUGAAGUUUCUAAUCAGAUAAUCCUUGUAGAAGAUGUGUUAGCCAAGCUGUGUAAAACUGUGUAUCCCCUAGCAGAUCUUCUAGCAAGGCCUCUGCCUGAGGGAGCUGACCCACUGAAGCUUGAAAUUUACCUUUCGGAUGAAGAUUUUGAGGUCGCGUUAGAAAUGACAAGAGAGGAGUACAAUGCAUUGCCCUCAUGGAAGCAGGUGAACCUUAAGAAGUCAAAAGGACUUUUCUGAAUUGUGUUGUCAUUUAAAAAUAGUGCUGGAGGGAUCUCUGUUGUCACAUUCAAUACCUUUGGACCAGCAAAACAAACUCCUCUGGUUUAGUAUUCAAGAAUCUAUAUAGCUAUGAUCUGAAGUACUCUAGAUCCUACCCAAGCUGUAUGUAAAUGUGUGAGAACAUUAUCGUUUCACCUCCAAGGGUAAUGCGUUUAAAUUCUGCUCUCCUAUGCACUUAAACAGUAGUUUCUCAAGCAACUGCUGCACCUGUCCGUUGGCUAUAUAUACAGACUUGCCAUUUUGUUUUUGAAGAGGUUCUCUUUGUAAAGUGGUAUUUUGUUAGUUUGUGGAUUAAAAAGAAUUUAUAUUUAUAUAAACACAUAAAACAUGUAUUUAACAAUGCAAUAUGUAUUCACUUUCAAGACUUCCAUGUCAAAAAAACCCAAGUAGCUGGGUGGCAGUUGCUUUUCUGAAUUAGCUCUGCCACCAACCUGUAUCUCUUAUGCAUUCUGAAAAGUUUCUCUUUGCAAUAGAUAAUGAAUUGUUCUCAGUGCUGCUUCAGGUGCUAAAUUGAACAAAGCAUUUGUAUUUAUGGCAUGGGUUUCUUGAGAAACUAUGCGACUCGAACUUUAUACUUUAAUAUCCAAAAAUGUAUAGUGCCUUGUUUUUUGUGUACAGUUUAUAUACAAAAAGAUUGGUCUGCAUUUUGAAGAUGUCUUAGAAUGGUCUCCUAUGUUACUUUUAUAACGAUAGAAUAAAAACAUCUCAGUUUCUAAUACUUGUUGUAAACAGUAAACACGUCUUUUGUGAUAUAAGAACUUAGUGAAAGCUUCCAAAUAAACUCUUAGCAAUGCUCUGACUAGUCAUUAUUUACACCUAUACGCACUAGUAAUUUAAUUAAAAAUGCUCCAUAAUACUCAUAAUAUAGUAUUUACAUCUGAAAUAUUUGAAACAUUGACAAGAAUCGAUAUGGUAUAAUGAGACAAAUGCAGACAAUGCAGUAAAACUUAAAUUUAUUAUGCAAAAGCUAAUGCUACCUCUUGAAAAAACUGUACAAGUGUUUUGUUUUCAAUUGCCCCUUUUUAUACUUGAUGUAACAUGUUUAGCCAAUUUUAAACUUACCAAGAAUGUGUGAUUGUAAGUAAAGCUCUUGAAAAGUAA